GACACACAGAGAGAGAGGAAAAGAUGGGAAAGUAAAAAAAAUGAAACCAGAGAAACUAAAAUUCUUAUUUUGUGUGGGUGGGCUAGAAAAUGGAGAAGAAACUGUAUAGGCAUUUUUAAUAAAUUUGUUUAUUUUAUUUGUUUACCCAAUGAAAAUUAAUAGAUGCCAGAUAAAAUAUCUUUGAGAGGGGCUUCUUAUAUGCAAUGGAACGGAGCAUCAUACCAAUUCAAUACGGCUUGGUGUCCUAGAAUUCUGAAACAUGUGGACCGUUGAAUGGUGAUGUUGUCGAUGUGUUAUUCUUGAUAUCAUUUGUGGUAUCCAUGUGAGGCAAUCAGUUUCACGGCCCCCAUUGCUGUAAAUUGUUGCUGCAGCAUAUUUUUGUCUUCCCUUAAUCUUUGUCCGUGAGUUGAAAAUGUCGUAUGAAGAAGCUUUGAAGGCUGUUUUUCCAUUGCUGGAAGGGCCUGAUCUAGCUUCCUGUAUGGCGGUGUGUAAGGAGUGGCGAGCGAUGGCUCAAGAUGAUUACCUGUGGAAGUGCCUAUGCGCCAAGAGAUGGCCUUCAAUCUGCAAGCGACCAUCGCCUCCCAUUGUAACCUACUACAAACUAUUCCAAACGUUCUAUAAACGCCAGCAACGUCGGACCCUUCUUCCCCCAAGGCUGUCCUUCAAUGACUUAGAGUUCUACAUUGAUAUUUGGGCAGAAGAGAGGCUAAUCUUCUCGGAAGUUGUACCGGGCCCUGUUCUUCAGAAUGGAAUCAGAAUCCCGCCACCUGGAAUUUGUGAUAUGCUUAGGUUUCAUCUGGAAGGCCCAGAAUACAAGAUGACGCUACCGGUGGAGCCAAGGUUCACGGUUCCUCUGUGCCAAACAGUCAGUGUUUCGGUGCUUGUGGGUCGCAAGGAUUCGAACAAAGUUGCUUGCAUCAUCAACAAAUCAAUAUUCGACUACAUUGACCGCACCGCCUAUAGGGCCCUUGCAUUUGACUACCUUGACUUCUCUCCGGUUUACCCAUUUGUGUCGGGUAUUCGUGCAUGGAUUUCUUUACUAUUCAUGGAUGAUCGCAAUGAAGGGGUCAUUGAUGUUUUUGGAAUCGAAAUGGAUUUCUGUGAUGCCGCUAACUCUGAGGAAGAAGUCCUGUGGCUGUUAGACAUGCUUGAUUGGAAGUGAAAGUGUAGAAUCACCCAAGUGUGUCAUCCUUCCGAGGAGACCUAGAAAGGCUGUGUGUAUUCUGAACCAUGUUCGGAAAGCCUGUGACUGCUGGUAUGAUUUCCUUUUUCUUGUGCAAAGCUUGUACAUUAUUUUAUGUUCUUCAGGAUCGAGAGAAUAAUUAUGGACAAAAUUUGCGUUAUUGUGAAACAUCAAAAGCUUUGCAAUUUGUCCAGACGCAAGUGAACUAAUUGCCAUUGAUGGUUGAUUGAAUUGGUAUAAUUCUCUAAUUCCCUGCACUCUGGAGGUUUAUGAGAAUUUUUUUCCAUAUAUAUAUAUAUUUUAUC